GGCCCCGCCCCUUUUGCCUGUCCGGAUGGCAGCUGAUUCGCACGUGUUGAGGGAAGUGUGAGCUCUGCGGACAAGAUGGAAACGGAGAUCCCCGCCGCCGCUGAGGAGACCUUCACCAGCGUGACCAGCAGGAAAAGUAGGAAGCGGAGGGCGCCGGAGGACAAGUCCAUGGACACCGGGGAGCAGCCCCGAAAGAGGCCCGACUUCCCGCAGAUCUCCGGGGACAAGCUCAUGGGUGAUAAGGAAGAGUUGAGAAAGAUUCCUGUUCCCUCACACCGUUAUACACCUCUGAAAGACAACUGGAUGAAGAUCUUUACCCCGAUUGUAGAACACUUGCAGCUUCAGGUUCGGUUCAACUUGAAAACAAGAAAUGUGGAGAUAAGGACUUGUAAAGAAACAACAGAUGUUGGCGCGCUCACUAAAGCGGCAGAUUUUGUCAGAGCGUUCAUCCUGGGCUUCCAGGUAGAGGAUGCCUUGGCUUUGGUUCGAUUAGAUGACCUCUUUUUAGAAACCUUUGAAGUCACAGAUGUUAAACCAUUAAAAGGAGACCAUCUUUCUCGUGCAAUCGGCAGAAUAGCUGGAAAAGGAGGAAAAACAAAGUUCACCAUUGAGAAUGUAACGAAAACCAGGAUAGUUCUUGCUGACUCGAAAAUACACCUCUUGGGAUCAUUCCAAAAUAUUAAGAUGGCAAGAACGGCAAUUUGUAACCUCAUUCUAGGAAGUCCACCAUCUAAAGUAUAUGGGAACAUUCGGGCUGUGGCAAGCAGAGCAGCGGAUCGUUUUUAAUGUGGCUGAGUGUCCGGCGUCGUGUCUGGAUUGCUGCCAACGUCUCAACCUUUGCAGAGAAAAACUUGUGGCCUUUGUCCGCUGAAGUGUGUGGAUGAAGAUAUGACCAUAUUUAAACAUGAAAGGACUGUGUGGCAAUCCGUAACAAACCUGAAAUAUGCCAUUUUCAUCCAGUGCAGUUUUGGAACAAAUUUAAAUAAAUGGUGAUGGACAUGACAAUUUAACUUAUAAUAUGCAAACUUCAUGUUCUGAACCCAGUACUUCCCGGUUUCUUAUUGGUGUGGGUGGGAACAAAGAAUGCUUUUUGUGAUCCUGAAGAAGAGAGACUGAGGUCUACAUUGGUAACGCUGCGGAAACACAUGUAUGAAAAAAGGCAAAUUUUUAUCUGAACUUUUGGCUGAUAAGACGCAAAAUAAUGCACCUCUGUGUUCAUUAUUACAUAAUUAAAUGUAUUUGUUUAAAAUGCAAGUGGUGCAAGUAACUAAGUGGCAAAAGUCUUAACCUGUACCUGAGCACAAGCUCAGGUGAGGUAGCUCCUGGUGCUUUACCCUGACUGCCCUUCAUACUAAAUAACUUUCAUUUUAGUGAAUUAACCUUAAUGAAGCUUUGUUGAUUUUUUUUUCCCUUUCAACUUUUUUUUUUUAAUCCCGAUAAUUUAUGCAAAUGAGUCACGGGAUACUUGCACACAACAAAUGUGAAUUGAUCCCACAGUCCCAUCACAGGUUGUGCAAUGACUGUGGGACCCCUGGAUAGUUCUCCAAAGCUUUUACUGAGUGUCCAUUGAUCUAGAUAGCUAUGAAAACAUUGGCACAAGUGCAACUCUGAAGUCUUAAUUUAAGUUACCGAAGGGGGAAAAAAAAUAUCUACAGUAUGUUGAAGUUAAAAGGUCACUAAACUCACAUCAUAAAAAACAAUUAUCAAUAAAUGAUGUAUUACAUGCUGUUC